AUAAUGUAACUGUUACGUAACACGCGUGUUAUAUUGCAUUUACCUUGUUGAAUGGGAAAUUAUGACAUUGACGUCCCGUUAUUCUUAGUUGGUAUUCACUGGGAACAAAUUAAGGAUGUUUGGCAACUUGUGUGAGAAACAUAUUUCACAUUUCCUAGAUUAAAUCGAAUGGCUAGCUUUCACAUGAUAUAACAUUUGUUUUUUCCAUAUAUCUGCUUACAGGUAGAGAAAAAUCUCUCUAGUAUACGUAAACAUAUAAAGAAUAAGACCUACAAGGGCCAAUCGAUGUCACUUAUCGAAGGGUUUUCCCGAAUCUAAGUGUCUUCCUCGUCGUCUUCCAGAUUGAGAUACCAGAGUAUAUUUAUUACACACACACACAUACACACGUAACACCUGACGUUACGAAAUCACGAUAAUCAUUGAGCUGCCGGCACAUGCAAUAUCAGGCAGAGCUGCACAAGCUGCACUCUCAAGCGCUCGUUCGUGCCUGUGAGCAUUUAUUUUCUCUUCCAUUUCCAUAGGACUGAACAGUCCGAAAAAAAACACGGAGAAAGGUAGCCGCCCGGUAGAAACAACACGGCGGAAUGCGGUUGAUGACUUCAGGCGCACGGCGUCGUGAGGGGAACGCUCUCGCGCGUCCUUGCGCGUCUAUUUCGCGGCGCGCGAACCUCGUCAUCCUCGUCGUUCGCCGGGGAACUACCCGCAUCCCGCCGGGACUUUCUCCAUUCCCACCGCAGAUGGACGAGAGCGAGCGUCCGACAAAAAAGAAUUCUGAGGGAGUCCACAAAGACAGUUUCAGCGAGGGACCAGACGGCCAUUAAGGCAUUUUUAUCGAUAAAACGCAGAGACCGCGGCGAAGAUCGUGGAAGGUGGUUUACGUAAAAGGCACGAUAGAUUAAUAUUAAUACACCUGGCAUCGGAGGAACGGAUGAAGUGUUCGCGAAAACCGUCCCACGUAAACCAGGAAGUACAUGUGAAAUGACACGGGCACGUCAUCAUCGGCUGACGCGAGUCGGCGGCUACUGGUUCCUCGCCAUAAAUCGAGUCGAAGAGCACGGGGAAUUCCCUCGAAACCUGUUCCGCAGGAUUCUCGCCCAAGUGGUGGCGAGUGCGGACAGUGCGAGACGCAACGUUUUUUCGGCGAAGCCGGCGCGUUUAAAUCUGAAAGGAUGAAACGGCUAUUAGGAGAAUCCAGAUAAGUCUUCCUUUUAAUUUUUUAUUAAGCCGAUAUGAGCCAAGUACAAGUGUGCGUUCUUUGAUAUUCUUCGCAUCAGUUCGGCUGAGAAGGAUCUCAAUCGGGGUUGGAACGUUCCAACGAAGAACAACCAUUUGUAUAUAGAAUAUCAUAUUAUAAGAAAUAACUCACACACAAAUCUGUGCUUCGCAUUGAUCGAAAAGAAAAGGAAAAGGGAAAGAGGCUCGACUGUUCAGACCUGUCCGCUAAAUAUGAAACGCCUCAUGCUAGACACUAGUGUGACUUUCUAGAUAACGCCUUCUUAUCUUACAGCGACGUAACAGCUUCAGAAACAUUUCUUCCGAUGCUAAUUUUACUGGCAAAUACAGCAUAUCACGCCAUAUGUUCGUGUCAUUAAUACGAUAAGAUACGGUUAAAUGACAUAUUGAAAGUUCUUGUUAUAAUUGAAAUUCGUCCCUUCUUAUCGGGCAACAUUUGCAAUGGAACGCACUCUUAACAAUCGUAUCCGAUAUUUCGUCAUUAUCGGUAUCGUUGAGCUAAAAUCUCACUUCUCUCUUAUCUUAAUUCUCUCUUAUCUUUUCUUCUUUCUGGUGUGAAUACUAUCUCCACAAGUGUUAUUAUAUUUUUCUUAAACAAAAGGAAAAUCUAUCCCGAAUGAGUAAUAAAUAAAUGUAUAAGUAAAUUUCUAAUUAAAAUUCGGAAAACGAAAUUCUCACGGAACGCAGGCUCCAAGAAGCGUAGACACUCGUCGUGAUCCGAGUCGAAAUUUUAGUCCUACUUUAAUUUAGUUCUGCAUUAAAUCUUCGAAGGUCUUCCUACUGUGCUCCUUUAACGCUACAAAUGAGGAAGUUGCUGUUUUCUUUACUUGAAGAGUACUUAAUACAGAACUAAAAUUUAAAUUUUCGAGGUCUCAGCUCUCAUUUGCAGCAUUAAAGGAGCACUUAUCGUAGAAACCUACUUUCGUUUUCUCCCCCUUGAAGACUUAAUGUGGAAUUCAAACUUUCAACUCGGUGAAAUCAAUUUCCGACGUGAGGCUCCGUUUCGUCGUUUUUCUCCCCUUCUUGACUUAUCCGUUUCCUGUUUUUAUUUUCGCACGAUUAAUCUCGAUUAAAUUACGAGUGUUUUCAGCCUCGAACGCAAAGAAGAGGUCUUUUAUCGAUUGUACGCGAAUGCGUAAGCGCGCGUUUCGCGAGCAUCACGCACGAACGAUUGAACUUUGUUCCUUUCGUGCCACGAAACGACCGGUUGGUGUUGUAAUUGACGAUUUUGGUGCGAUGCGUUGCGCAAUUGCGUCGUCGGGAGUGAACGAAAGUGCGUUUACUGCCGUGCGCGUGCUGAAGCGAGCAAACGCAUCUCUUCCUCGUUCGCUCGAUCAGCUUCGCUCUUCCUCCGGAGGAAUUUACAAUGAUCGUCGUAUAUUGUUAUCCCAUUAAUACCCAGACAUUACACCACAAUGCAAUUUACGAUGACGCGUGGAUCCUAGGAAAUCAGGGAGACUCGGAAAAUUAAUCGCGUUUGCAGAUCGAAAUUUAUGCUCAUCGCGGGUAAUCAUCGGCGAUGCGCAUCAUUCCGAUGUGCGUAAUAAAACGCCGAUGAGAACUUGACAGGUUUUACGUUUCUCGAUGAAAAGGAUGUUUUUCCGAGCAAAAAAUAGAAUAUCCUACGGCGCUGUUGCACGAAAACUUCAUCGUAAAUAAGAAAAUCUUCGCAUUUUGUAAGCGACUUGAAGCGACGAAUUAUUCGAAUUCGACUGAUUUUUCGCUCUUGUACAUGGCCAAGAAUGCUACUACGUAACUAUUGCUGUAUUUGUUUAAAUGACUCGCUUUGAUUAAUACUUUUUCACAGCCCUAUUUUAUUAUGAAACUGAGGAGAUUUUAUCCCAAAGUUAAAUAAAUCUAUCUAAAAGGGCUGUUCUAUCAAUGGAAUUGAUCAACGGCGGUAAUUCGAUGUAGGUUCAACAAUUAUUGCCAAGAAGGUUCAGGAAGAAGAAAAUGUAAAGAACAGGAGUAUUUGAUCCGAGCAUACAACGAAUUUUCCAGUCUUAUUUUCAACGAGAUUUCACUUCGAGAAGUUCAGAGAGCGACGAGUCAUCAGAGACUCUCGGCGUUCAUGUAAACGCACGAACGAUCCGCGGAAGAAUGAUUCGAUUGUCAUCUGAAUAUGUCGAAAUUUUGGUCCUACGUUUAAAUCUACUUAGUUCUACAUUAAGUCUUUAAGUAGAAAAAAUGAAAAUAACUUACCAUUUAUAGCAUCAAAACAGCACUAAUAAUAUUCCUUCGAUUCCUACAAAGGGAAUUUAAACCUCCUCUGGAAGAAUUUUAAAUUCUAAGUGUUCAAAUGGAGGAAACAGGAAUAACUUCCAAUUUGUAGCAUCAAAAGAGCACAACAGAAGACUUUUGAAGACAUAAUAUAGAACUAAGGUUCGAUCCGGGCGUAUUAUUUACAAUAUUCCGGCUGUUAUAGCGAGCAAACAGAGCCAGGUAAUGCUCGCUUAUCGUGCCCAGCCCGGGUAUUAAGUUCAAUUACGAUGAAGAUAAGGCGCUUUCCUUCGUCGCUCGACGGGGCCGAAAUGCGUCAAAUCGAGUUUCCUUCUCGCCGCGAGUGCCACGCCGGGCCGAUCUACACGGAAAAGAGAGAGAGAGAGAGAGAGAAAGAAAGAAAGAAAGAAAGAAAGAAAGAAAUUGCUGUGGGAGGAGCGCUUCUUUUUCUUCCUCUGCUCCUUAUCAUCAUCAUCAUCGUCCUCUUCCGCUCACAAAUCUCGUUUCAAACGAGUCGAUGGUGGAAAUCUGAGAGGGAAACUCGCCGGACAUGGUUUCCCGCAGGAGAGAGACAGCGAAAGGGACGGCCGUGAUCGCCGGCGUCGCGGCAUGCCGUGCGUUGUCGUCGUCGUCGCGUCUGUAUUCUACCUGGUGGUCUAGGUGAGACAAGGUGAAGAAGCAGAACGCCCCCCUCGCCGGCCAUUCGCGGCGGAUCCUCUUAAAAGAGGACUCCUGAGAGGGGCGAAUGACGGCGCGCUGGUUCUUCAGUAUCUCGUGUUACAUCGCCGCGGUGCGGUCACUGUGUCUCGGACAUCGGACGAGGAGUCAUCUCGGGGCGGAAGUGAAAGAAGAGAUUCGGUCUUCCGGCACGUGCGAGAGGAGUCUCCCCGAAUCGUGAACGGAGAAUUCAACGCCCGUCGAGGCGCACCGCCGACGACGGAUUAUUCUCGCUCGGCGGAUCAUCUCGAACAGCGUCUUGUCGAUCCUCAUCGUCCGAUCGUCAGGAGGAUAUCCUGCGGGAAAUCGAGAAGGGUGCGAGGAUGAUGCGACCGAGAAAGACGAUGAUCUGGAACGUGCUGCUGCUGCUGCCUUAUCUAUUCGCCCAUGAAAGUCAGUCAGAGGCGGUGAUAACGGCGUACAACGAUAUCGGGCUGGCACCGGUCGACCCGGAGAUCGCCGAUACCGUCGAUUGGAGCCGUCACGCGUGCAGACGAACGUGCAGGAAUGACGCGCCGCCUCUGGACUGCUAUUACACUUUCAAGCUGGAGUCUUAUGAGACCAUGAGCAAAGCGUGCUACGAUUGUCCCUUCAACAUCACGGACUGCUUUCGGCCUCAUUGCGUCCCGGCGGACGGUAUCAGGAGGUCCCUCUUGGUCGUGAACCGCCAGUUGCCGGGCCCGCCGAUCGAGGUGUGCCAAGGCGACAUGAUAAUAGUCGACAUGAUCAACAUGCUGCACUCCGGCAGCACGACGAUGCAUUGGCACGGCCAGCAUCACCUCGUCUCGCCGUACAUGGACGGUGUACCUUACAUAUCGCAGUGCCCGAUUCCACCCGGGGGGACCUUCCGGUACAAGUACAUCGCCACCGAAGGCGGCACGCAUUUCUGGCACUCUCACUUAGGCUUCCAAAGAGGCGACGGCGUGUUCGGGCCGUUGCUCGUCCGCGUACCACCCGCGGUCAACUGGCACAAGGAUCUCUACGACUUCGACGAGUUUACUCUGGUGGUGGCCGAUUGGGUUCACGAGCUGAGCGACAGUAUGUUCCUGGCGCAUCAUCACGCGAACGGCACCAACAAGGCGCCGAAUCUGCUGAUUAACGGUCUGGGUCGUUACACGCACAUGAGGGACGAGAACGAGACGCUCGCCGACAUGCCUGUUUUGACGUUCGACGUGCAACCGAACUCCCGGUAUAGGUUCAGGCUUAUCAACGCGGAGUUCCUGAACUGUCCCAUCGAGGUUUCCGUCGACAAUCAUACCUUGCUCGUGAUCAGUUCGGACGGAGGCGACAUCGAACCGGUGCAAGCCGAGUCUCUGGUGAGCUACGCCGGCGAGAGGUUCGACUUCAUCGUCGAGACGAAUCAGCCGGUGGACAAUUACUGGAUGCGAUUUCGCGGACUGAUGGACUGCGACGAGAGAUUCCUGAGCGCUUACCAAGUCGCGAUACUGCGUUACGAAGGCGCGCCCGAUGGGAACCCGGACGUCGAGGUUUCCUACGAUCGGGUGCGCAAUGACUCCUACGGAUUGCAAGUGAACGCUCUGAACGAAGGAACCGAGUCGAACAACAGCAUCAGCAUGCCGAUGCUGAACGCAAUGGACUCCGACGACGCUUCCAACAGCAGAGAACCGGAUUAUCAGUUUUACAUAUCUUACGAUUUCUACGCGAAGGACAAUCCGAGCUUUCACCGCAAGAACCUGUACGGCUUCCAUCAAGUGAAAGAUCAUAAACAGCGACUGUUCACGCCGCAAUUGAACCACAUAUCGAUGAAGCUGCCAUCGUUUCCGCUGCUGUCCCAGAGGGACCUCAUUCAGCCGGAUCAGUUUUGCAACUCCAGCACCGUCGAGGAAUGCGAAAAAAACUUCUGCGCCUGCAGCCAUGUGCUUCAAGUCAAAAUGAACAGCGUGGUGGAACUGGUUCUGGUAGACGAAGGUUUCACGUUCGACGCGAAUCAUCCGUUUCACCUUCACGGUUAUCAGUUCCGCGUGGUGGCCAUGGAAAGAGUCGGGCACAACAUCACCGUCGCCGAAGUGAAGGAAAUGGACAGGCGAGGCCUGAUAAAUAGGAAGCUCAAAAAAGCGCCCCUGAAAGACACGGUCACCGUGCCCGACGGCGGGUAUACCAUCUUGCGCUUUUUCGCCGAUAAUCCAGGGUACUGGCUGUUCCAUUGUCACAUCGAGUUUCACGCGGAGAUCGGAAUGUCGUUGAUCUUCAAGGUGGGCGAGCACGAGCAGAUGCUGCCGGUGCCUCCGAAUUUCCCGAAAUGCGGCGACUGGAGCCGGAAGGACGGUCACAGCGGUGCCGAUGAUCCGGUCGACAAGACCUACACACAGAACGACGAAACAUACGUAAAAAAUUUGCAGAAUUUAAGAAACAACACGAUUCCAAUGAUUCCAACGAUUCCAACGAUUCCAACGAUUCCAACGAUAAACGCGACGAGGCAGGUGCCAGCCAGCGUCGACCUCUUGGUGACGAUAGACCACCUGGUGAAGUUAUGGCCGCGGUUCAUGGGGGAACUGCUUCAUCGGCGUCCAUCCUCGGCGUCCGGGCCGAGCGCCACGUUGUUGCCGAUUAUGUUGGCUUGCCUCGUCAGUUUUGUGGUCAACCUACGCUCGUUAUGAAGCGCACGGGGUCUAGUUUAAUUAUGAGAGGUUUUGUACGUUUCAGCUGAGCCAGGUUGCACUUGUUGCCUCAUCUUCGGAUCUACAAUAGAUAUAGUUAGUCUUCAGCCUUUUGCUUUAAGUAAUAAAAUGUAACAUAAUCUCUGGCAAGAAGCGUUUCUCGCCGCUGCUAAAAGUCGUAAUAACGCUUAAAUCUUGGGAAUUGCGAAAUCUGGUAACACCAGAAAUAGUAGUAGCGCUUUCUGCUAGGAAUUACGUUGCAAUUUAGUACUCGGAGCAAAAGGCUUAAGACUUGUGAACCCUGCUUUAGAAUGACGUAAGUAUAUAACUUAGCGUUGAGGGGAAAAAGUACGAAAUUUAAGUGCAGCACUGGCUGAGUUAAAAGAAACAAGCUUGAAAUAUCAAACCGGUGCGGAGGAUUCGUUUUCUUUUUUUUUUUUUUAAUUCUGACUCGUAGGAAAAUCGUAUGUUGAAGAAAAGAUUCGAUGAGACUCUAUUGGUUGUUCGUAAAAAUAUACCCAGACAGGGCAAAAUCGACGUCCUUAAAUGUGCUCAGAGCGUCUUGGGAUGAUUUUAGAAUAUCCCGUGUUAUCUGGGACAGUUAAUUUCCUUCGUGGAGAUUAUCGACACCUCGAAAUAUCGAACGAUUCUGUCUUCAGUUUUAUUUGAUUUGACGAACACGACGAACCAACCGGCACCGAUCCGAUAUUCACGCUCACGUCGAAGUAUUAAUAUAUUUAUGCGAUACCGUUAAUUUCCUUCAUCGUUGCACAUGCGUUGCCGUAAAUGAAACGCGCGAAACUGAUGUACUUGAUGCUCGUGCUCGGCUGAAAUUCCAACGUAUAUCUCGCAACGCGAGUUGCGAGCGGACGUUACAUGAGCAGAUGACUUAACAUUACUGUGAUAUAGAAAAGUACAUUGCAAUAGUUGUAUAAUUAUCAGAAUACUGACUGUAUGUGUGUGUGUGUGUGUUUGUGUGUGUGUAUGUGUAUGCGCGUACAACGGGUCACAAAAUGUCUCGCUUCGGCCGGCAUAAUUGCAGGAUCGAGAAUUUUAUGGUUGCCAAGGUACACGGCGUUACAAAUUCACCGUGCACUUUCGCGUCGGAGGAAAAUCGGUACCGGAGUCGUCCGAAGAGUCAGUCGUCGAGGCACAGUCCGAUGGGAGCGGGACAUCUUAUGGUUCGGCGCAGGAGAGGCGUUGCUCUGAAUUUACGUCAUUGUGACUAUACAUUGUACAUACUGUAGCAUCCGAUCUAACGUAAUGAGUAAUAACUGUUAUCAGUCUAACGAACGUAUCGAAAUAUAUACGGUGAUGUUUUCUUUUC